AUAAAAAACGAAAAGCUUUGAAAAAUAAGCUUGAUAUUAAAGUAAAUAAUUAAUCCUCCCUUUUAAAAUUUAUCGGUUAUAUUUUUAUGCAACUUUGUACCUAUCAUCUCUUUAUUUUUAAAUUUUUUUUGUUUUGCAAAUUAAAAUAUACAAACUUACUAAGAAAUCAACCCUAAACUAACAAAAUGUCAGAAGAGGGGUUGCCCGAGGAGAUCCAAAUCUUAUCCUGGACGACGACUACGAGAACAUUCCUACACCUUUGGUGAUAAACAAAAACGGUAAGACAGUCGUCUAUUGGGAUGUGGCGGAUUACCCGGUUCCUAAGGAUGUCGAUCUUGAUUCUCUUCGUAUGCGUAUAGAAUCGAUUCUUCAUGAUUUGGGCUGUCCGGAGGUGUCUAUUGUGGCUUACGUUUACAAGAAUAGGUUUUCGGAUGAACAGGAACGUAAAUUUAAGGAUGCCAAAAUCUUUGUCGAUUUCUUACCCGAGGGGGAUGACAUUGCGAGAAUGACUUGGAUGUUAGUGGACAUUAUUUGUUUGCCUGUGGUAUUUCCUAAACCAAAUGUUAUUGUACUCUCAAAACACAUGGAAAAAGAGGCUGUUGAUUGUUUCCAAAGCAUGUAUUUCAACGGUGUUGGUGUUCUCUUAUCCAAAACUGAACCUGGUUGGCUUGUUCCUGAUGAUAGUUCAGCCUUUGAACUUACAAGGCUAUUUGAAAAACAUCUUGACUGUGAGAAGCCGCAGAGAGAGGAUACCCUUGCAAACUCUGUUGACCACCCUCUCGACGAGGAGACAAAUGUAUCUUCUUGAAGUUCUAUAUUAGCUGUCUCAACUCUGUUUCCGUCUUUGAACAGUUGUUACUUUUGGGUUUCUUCAAGUUUUAUUUUAACUGUUUCGACUUUAGA